ACCACUGCUGAGCAGGGUUGAAGUUGCGCAUGCGCAGUAGAAGCGGAACCAAGCCUAAAAUCCAAAAUGGCCGGAGCCGAAGGAGACGAUUCGCUGUAUCCUAUUGCAGUUUUAAUCGACGAAUUAAGGAAUGAGGAUGUCCAGUUGCGCUUGAACAGCAUCAAAAAGCUUUCUACUAUCGCCUUGGCCCUGGGUGUUGAGAGGACACGCACAGAGCUCCUACCCUUCCUUACUGACACUAUUUACGAUGAGGAUGAGGUGCUUCUUGCCCUGGCUGAGCAGCUGGGGAACUUCACCAUGCUGGUCGGAGGGCCGGAGUAUGUGCACUGCCUCCUGCCACCGCUGGAGAGCCUGGCCACUGUGGAGGAGACGGUGGUUCGAGACAAAGCUGUGGAGUCACUGCGCAAGAUCUCUCAGGAGCACUCACCUGUAGACCUAGAGGUGCACUUCGAGCCCCUGGUGAAACGACUGGCCAGCGGCGACUGGUUCACAUCACGCACCUCUGCCUGUGGCCUGUUCAGCGUCUGCUACCCACGUGUCUCCAGCUCUGUCAAGGCCGAGAUCCGCCAGUACUUCCGUACCCUUUGCUCGGAUGAUACGCCCAUGGUGAGACGUGCUGCUGCUUCCAAACUGGGCGAGUUUGCCAAGGUGCUGGAGCUGGACUACGUAAAGAGUGACAUCAUCCCACUUUUUACGGCACUGGCUUCUGAUGAGCAGGACUCUGUGCGGCUUCUAGCAGUCGAAGCUUGCGUCAGCAUCGCCACCCUGCUGCUCCAGGAAGACUUGGAGGGUCUUGUGAUGCCCACGUUGCGCCAGGCUGCUGAGGAUAAGUCAUGGAGGGUGCGCUACAUGGUAGCGGACAAGUUCUCUGAGUUGCAAAAAGCAGUGGGUCCAGAAAUCACCAAGAACGAUCUGGUCCCAGCAUUUCAGAGUUUACUGAAAGAUUGUGAGGCAGAGGUGCGGGCUGCAGCUGCAAAUAAGGUGAAAGAAUUCUGUGAAAAUUUGCCAGAAGACAACCGGGAGAAUAUGAUCAUGAAUCAUGUCCUGCCUUGUGUCAAGGAGCUGGUGUCAGACACAAAUCAGCAUGUGAAGUCUGCCCUGGCCUCUGUCAUCAUGGGCCUCUCCACUAUCCUGGGCAAGGACAACACUGUGGAGCAUCUGCUCCCCCUUUUCCUGGCCCAGCUGAAGGACGAGUGUCCUGAAGUGCGUCUGAAUAUCAUCUCCAACCUGGACUGUGUGAACGAGGUGAUAGGCAUUCGCCAGCUUUCUCAGUCUCUGCUGCCCGCUAUUGUGGAACUGGCAGAAGAUGCCAAAUGGCGGGUGCGUCUGGCCAUCAUUGAGUACAUGCCGCUGCUGGCAGGCCAGCUGGGAGUGGAGUUCUUUGAUGAGAAGCUGAAUUCUCUGUGCAUGGCAUGGCUGGUAGACCACGUUUACGCAAUCCGGGAGGCAGCCACCUGUAACCUGAUGAAGCUGGUGGAGAAGUUUGGAGCAGAGUGGGCUCAGAACACCAUUGUGCCAAAAGUGCUCGGCAUGGCUAACGACCCCAACUACCUGCACAGGAUGACCACUCUUUUCUGCAUCAAUGCCCUUUCUGAGGCAUGUGGGCAGGAGAUCACCACCAAGCACAUGCUGCCAGUUGUCCUAAAGAUGUCCAACGACCAGGUUGCCAACGUGCGCUUCAACGUAGCCAAAUGCCUACAGAAAAUCGGACCAGUUGUAGACAGCAACUCCCUGCAGACGGAGGUGAAGCCAGUUUUAGAGAAACUCGCCACAGACCAAGAUAUAGACGUAAAGUACUUUGCUCAGGAAGCUAUAAGUGUUCUUGCCUUGGCCUGAACAUCUCUCCUUGGGUUUACCAGAACAACCACGACAAAGCAAGACUUAUUACAUUCUAUUUAUUGGUGAUUUUGAUUGGUUGUCUUAAUGUCUGUGUAGCUUGUAUUUACUCUCAAUGAUAUUGAAUGAUCAAAGGGUGCACCGAUGCUCGUGCUGUAGAUCUCUGCUUCAACCACAGUGACACUGGAAUUAGGUAAUGCAUGAUGGAUAGUGUGUUCUCCUGGAUUCCAACUGCACCACAUGUUCGUGUUCUCCUCGCUUUCACUCAUAAAAUGCCAGCGAGUUGAGAUGGGUGUGGCGGCAGCAGGGAAAACUCUAAAAUGUGCAGGACUUAAGGACCAGGAUUAGACAACAUUUAUCAAAGCAUUUAGCACAAGAACACAGUUCAUGUGUUUUCAGUAACAUGGUCAAUAAUUAGAUUUUGGAAAAUGAAUGAACAGCUUGUUGACCAUUUUAGUGAUUUUGUACUACUGGACCUGUCUUGCAUGUGCUUUAGUAAAUUAAUUCUCUGUAAGUAAAAUCCUCCCAGCUACCUCUGUCUUCUUUAAAGAGCUGUUUCUUAGCUAACAUCCAGAACACAUCCACUUUGAAGCCCGGAUUUCACAGACUGGAGCACGUACUCAUGCAGUUGAUGAUGUGAAAUGCCAGUUUGUUUGUUUUGGUAGAGCUCUCAGCACGUGGUGCUCCACUAUUCAACAUGGGACCAUCGCAAUGUGUAAUUUCUCCUGCGACAGAUUUCCUCCUUGCAUUAGUUUUGCUGGUUUAGUUUUCAUUUGUUUUGUUUUGUGCUCCUUUUUCCAGCCAUCUGGGUCUUGUGUGCCAGAGAUGCCUAGGAAUGCACAUAGAUUUUUAAUAGUUUGUAUGUUUAGGUUUAAUCAUGAAUUUUUUUUUUUCUUCAGUGGAAGCGUGUGACUGUUAGGUUUCAAUGUAAAGAGAAAUGCACCUCCUGUAUAGCAUUGGACAGAUGGGAAAGCUUUUUGCUCUCUUGGGUCUGCAUGCAUUAAGAUGAUUGAGUACUGAUGAUGAUCACCAGAAUGUGAAAGGAAAAUACUGUUCAACAUCAGCGCUCUUAUUAAAGAACGGGUCAUGAAAAUACUUUAUACAUAACCACUGGAAGGCUGUUAAGUUCUUUUAAAGGGGACAGUGGGAAAGGAUGUAUUAUUUUACCAGUAUAAACGACCAUAGCAUCGGAUCCUACGUAAACCUUUUGUUCAUGUUCAGUAUCAUGAGUACCCCUUUUUAAACUAUUUACUGUACUUUUGGAACCAAAUAAAGUCAAUAAACAUGGGUCCUGCCCUUCAAAUCA